UGUAGUUACAAAAAGGCACAUCAAAACAUGGUUCCACCAGAAAGCAUCCAAUUCCAAGUUGGAAAAAUGAAGGAGUAUAAAGUACACGGACACCACAAACAAAUAUCUCUUUACAUUAAAAAGAUAAUGAAGAGCGGGAACACAUUAAAUCUGAUUCUUGAUCAUCAUUUUCUGCCAUGGCUGCCACUUCCUUAGCUUUGCCUUCCUUGAAUAUAUUACAAUUUCACUCACCCAAUUGCAGAACACGUGGUAUCUUCUUUAAUGAAAGAAACCCAAAAACAGUCUCUUGUUCUUAUUUCAAGAACAAAUUUCCCAUGUCUUCAAAACAGCCUUUCAUUUCUAGUCCCAGGCCCAGGCUUGGAUUGAGUGUUGAGUAUUCUGCUGGAGAGGAAGCUGAGUCUGUUGUUCCUGAUUCAUCCCCGCAGGAGGCUUUUUCUUGGUCUUCUGUGAUUUUGCCGUUUCUCUUCCCGGCUUUGGGAGGACUGCUAUUUGGAUAUGACAUUGGUGCCACUUCUGGUGCUACCAUAUCAUUGCAGUCACCUGAGCUCAGUGGGACAACAUGGUUCAACCUUUCAGCUAUUCAGCUUGGUCUUGUGGUUAGCGGUUCUCUUUACGGAGCUUUGCUUGGUUCCCUCCUUGUCUACCCAAUUGCAGAUUUUCUAGGAAGACGUCGGGAACUUAUUAUAGCAGCUGUGCUAUAUAUGCUUGGUGGUCUGAUCACUGCUUAUGCUCCAAGCCUUGGCAUUCUUUUAGGGGGACGUCUUCUCUAUGGUCUUGGCAUUGGCUUGGCUAUGCAUGGUGCUCCUCUCUAUAUUGCAGAAACUUGCCCAUCACAGAUUCGUGGAACUCUAAUAUCUCUAAAGGAACUCUUCAUAGUUCUUGGAAUAUUGAUGGGAUAUUUUGUGGGAAGCUUUGAAAUUAGUGCAGUUGGGGGUUGGCGUUACAUGUAUGGACUUGGUGCCCCAAUUGCUUUGAUUAUGGGACUAGGCAUGUUGAGUCUCCCACCCUCUCCACGCUGGUUACUUCUGAGGGCUGUUCAAGGUAGAGCAUCUUUACAAGAGUAUAAAGAGAAGGCCAUUUUGGCCUUGAGUAAACUAAGGGGCCGGCCUCUUGGUGACAAAGAGUCUGAAAAGCAAAUAGAAGAUACUCUUGUCUCGCUGAAGUCUGCCUAUUCCGAGGAGGAAUCUGAGGGUAGUAUCUUAGAGGUGUUUCAAGGACCAAGUUUGAAAGCCUUCAUUAUUGGUGGAGGUUUGGUGCUUUUCCAGCAGAUAACUGGGCAACCAAGUGUUCUAUAUUAUGCAGGUCCAAUUCUUCAGAGUGCUGGAUUCUCAGCGGCUGCUGAUGCCACCCGAGUUUCUGUCAUUAUUGGCCUUUUUAAGUUGGUGAUGACAUGGAUAGCUGUCCUAAAAGUUGAUGAUCUUGGCAGAAGACCAUUGCUGAUCGGAGGUGUUGGUGGGAUUGCUCUUUCCUUAUUUUUGCUUUCUGCUUAUUACAAAGUUCUUGGAGGGUUUCCUGUUGUUGCUGUUGCAGCUCUGCUUCUCUAUGUUGGUAGUUACCAGAUAUCAUUUGGGCCUAUCAGUUGGCUAAUGGUGUCAGAGAUCUUCCCACUUCGUACUAGAGGAAAGGGAAUAAGUCUUGCAGUUCUUACUAACUUUGGUUCCAAUGCCAUUGUAACCUUUGCAUUCUCACCAUUAAAGGAGUUGCUGGGCGCUGAAAAUCUAUUCCUUCUUUUUGGGGCCAUUGCUUUGUUGGCACUCUUAUUCGCCAUAGUCUAUGUUCCAGAAACUAAAGGUUUGAGCUUGGAGGAAAUUGAAUCUAAAAUCUUGAAAUGAAAGCUCAAAACUAUUGGAACCUUUUUCUAUAACCUUCUGGUCCACAAAAAACAAUGGUUAGUUUGUCAAACUAUCUUGAUAUGGUACUAGAAGGUGAUUGAUUUGCAACCUCAACAAUGUAUUUCAAAAUGGUAUGAAGAAAUUAUGUAUCUUCGGAGCUGAUUGUGGAUUAUACAUUUUCCAAUUGCAUGGCUAUCAUGAGUCAUCUUAAGUCAA